GUGGGGACGGAUUCGCGGAAAAAAAGGAGAAAGUGAAUUGCGAAACAUUUUUAUAUUCCCUGUUUUCGCCCCGGAUCCGCUAGACUAAACAUUUUGGAUUUCCACAGACGUUAAAAGUGACAGUAGCGGGAUGGCAGUGUCGGUUGCCAGGGACCUGUCCGUCGCGGUGACGGACCCCACCGCGGAGAAGCUGAUGGACAGACAGCAGGCACUGAGAGAGAGCAUUCAGAAAGGGGAGCCCAAAGUCAUGGGUGUGUCUGAGGUCAUGGUGGGUGUGACCGUCAUCUCCUACUCCAUCCCCCUGCUCGCCACAGACUUCACAGAGGUCAUGACCUUCGGGGUGCCCUGGUGGAGCGGACUCGUGUUCAUUUUGGCAGGAGCAGUUGCCAUAGUGACGGAGAAAUAUGCCAAUAUGAAGUUUCUCUGUGCCUGUCUGGUGGCCACUUCCUUCGCUGUGCUGGUCUCCAUCCUCGCCCUUGUCUUCUACUUCAUCGACCUCGGCAACAACCCUGCCACCGAGUGCAACCAGCAAGACCAUUAUGACCAGUGUGAAGAGCAACACUACGCCACUACCUUCAGCAGAGGGGUGAAGUCUUCCCUCCUUCUCUUCACCAUCGUUCAGACGGUUAUUUCUUGCAUUCUGUCCGUCAAUCUGUAUAAGGAAAGGAGGAACUUCACGCAGUACAUGUCUCUCAACCAGAAUUUUCCACCCUCCCCCGCUGUGGCCACACCUUCUGAACUGGACUGACCAAUCACAGCUAGGGUGGCAUUUUUUUUAGUUAACCUCAGCUCUCCUCUCUCUCAUCAUUGCUACCUACUAUUGUCUGUAAAAUAUAAGAUACCAAACCCUAUUCUAUGUUGUGUUUUCCCCCGUGUACGCAAUGCUAAUGGAAUCGGUCGUUGAAUACUAGGCUUGUUUCACCGUGACAGCUUCCUCAUUCAGACAGUAUGCGAGGCGAACACAGCCCUCCGCUACACGCACACACAGCCAGCAGUUUUCACACUAGUCACACGGCUUCCUGCGGUGCAGCAGGUGCCCAGUGGAGGAUAGGCGUUACUCCAGUGAGGUCAUCCAAGCAGCUCACAGGGUGCCUGGGAGGAGGAAACACUGGCGAGCCUGUCCAUCCGUUUCCCUGGCGGAACAAACCCAGCCCGUUCUGCUGCCUGGCUGCUUUUGGCAAACGACACAG